AAACAACAACUUGGACAUUUAUUAGUUCUUCUCUUCCCACCUUCUCUAUUCCAACUGUCCUCGCCAAGGAGAUUUAACUAAUCAACAAUGGCUGAGCCACCGCAGCCGGAUUCUUUCCCUGAAUCGUCCAGGGAACGUGACGCCGGCGCCUCCUUCGUCCUUGAAUCCAAGGGGCAGUGGUGGCACGCCGGCUACCACCUGACGACGGCGAUAGUUGGCCCCAUGAUCCUGACUCUGCCGUACGCAUUCAGGGGACUGGGAUGGGUUGCCGGGAUCUCCUGCCUCACCGUCAUGGGGAUGGUCUCCUUCUACUCCUACUAUCUCAUGGCGCUGGUGCUCGACUUCUGCGAGAAGGACGGCCGCCGCCACAUCCGCUUCCGGGAGCUCGCCGCCGACGUUCUGGGUUCAGGAUGGAUGUUUUACUUCGUUAUAUUGAUUCAAACAGCCAUCAACACUGGGAUUACCAUUGGCACGAUUUUGCUGGCAGGGCAAUGCCUUGAGGUACACGUGAAUUAUCAUUUUCCUUGGCUCCCCUUUUAGCUGAGAAAAGGGUUAUGUACCUAGUAGUGAUGGGGAGAUGGGUUUUUGGGGUGGGGUGAAAACUACAAAAGAUAAUGUACGCAGCAGUAUCUCCACAAGGAUCAAUGGAACUCUGGGAGUUCAUAGCUAUAGUGACGGCAGUAAUGGUGGUUUUAGCUCAGAUGCCGUCCUUCCACUCCCUCAGGCACAUCAACUUGGUUUCUUUAGUACUAUGUUUUGGCUACACUUUCCUCGUCGUUGCUGCUUGUAUCUAUGCAGGUACUUACGUUACUUACCUUUGCACUGUUAAAUUUAUCCCCUUUCCACAUUUGACUCUCUCUAGAUCCCUAUAUGGUUGAUGGGGUUUUUGGAAUUGCUGACAAUCAAAUGUGUGCGAGUGAUGUGUUGGGACACCAAGUUGCUGCCUGGUGUCCAUACAUUCUAAGUUUCCCACUUUUGCUGGAUUGAAAUGUGUAUAGGCAUAUAUGGUUACAGGUAUAAAACGGGCAGGUUGGUUGGUUUCGGGAUCUAUUUGGUAACUGGUCCAUCGGAUUAUGGGUGUAUGAGGUGAUCGGUUAUCAAUUAAUUGAAUCAUGGGUCAAUGAAGUUACAAGAUGAUUGGGUUAUGAGUUUUGGGUUAUGUAUCAUUUACUUUUAGUCAGCUAGAAUUGCAGCUAGGUUGAGCCGUAUUUGUGUAGGUUUUAGACAUUGAAAGAUGUGAAAUGGGCGAAGGUUGGAUUCAGGCUACGUGAAUAAUAAGGUUGUGAAUUAACUGGUUGUAGGAUGUUGACUUCGUAGUCAACUCGGGUUGACUUGUUGUGUGCUAGCUCAGUUCUUGCAGGUUUAUCUAGUCAUGCCAGUGUUUUACAGCUCUCUGACCCAAUCUUUGCUAUUCAUGGUGAUAUCUUGUUCGUACUAUACCUGUGGGAUAUACAGGUGGUUAUCUUGUCCAAUUCCAAUUGCUAUGCUUUCAGGAAUGUCCAAAAAUGCACCUGCAAGGGACUAUUCAUUAGAGUCUGCAACCUCUGACAGAGUAUAUAGUGCAUUCACUUCCAUUUCCAUUAUUGCUGCCAUUUUCGGGAUUGGCAUCUUGCCUGAGAUCCAAGCAACUCUACUUCCCCCAGCCAGCGGCAAGAUGCUGAAAGGACUUCUGAUGUGUUACAGUGUGAUCGUGGUCACAAACUACUCAGUUUCGGUCUCUGGCUAUUUUGUCUUCGGAAACAAAUCGAGUUCAAACAUCAUUCAAAACUUCAUGCCUGACAAUGGCCCUGAUUUGGCCCCAACAUGGAUUCUUGGUGGUGCAGCAGUCUGUGUGCUUUUCCAGCUUUUCGCCAUUGGUCUGGUGUAUUCUCAAGUGGCUUUCGAGGUGAUGGAGAAGAAAUCAGCCGAUGCUAGUGAAGGGAUGUUUGCGAUGAGGAACUUGAUACCUAGGAUCAUCCUUCGAUCUCUUUACAUGGGAUUCUGCGGCUUUGUGGCAGCCAUGCUUCCGUUUUUUGGAGACAUUAGUGGGGUAGUGGGAGCAAUCGGGUUCAUACCUCUCGACUUCAUCCUCCCAAUGCUUCUCUACAACAUGACUUACAGGCCUUCCAAAUCGUCUGUUACGUAUUGGAUCAACAUGGCAAUUAUGGUUGUUUUUACAGGAGUAGGUCUCUUGGGGGCUUUCUCUUGUGUGAGGCAGCUCGUUCUCGAUGUGGAGAUGGCCGGUACCGCUGAUGAGCAGUUCACGGAUAUUGCAGCAGUUGUUACUUCAGCCGCUUUCCCAGGUGAUAUGUAAUCCCACUAGAUAUGGUAUAACUGAAAGGAGUUGCCUAUGGCGGAAAGAUCAAGGUUGUUGCGAAACACGAAGAGGCGCAAAGAUAAUAAGCUUGUAAGCAAAAGACACACGAUUUACGUGGUGCGACUGUAUCCCUAACUAAUGGAAAGAGUGAGAAUUCUUUCUAUUCUGCUUGAACCUUUGGCAGGGGUUAGCUACAAUGAACUUGUAUGAAACUUUUUUUGUAUUUGACCCAUUAGAGUUUCAGGAUUCUUGGCCCAUCGAUUAUUGGGCACCGAACCCAUAUAUAGACAAUCGGGUUGCUGGUACCUUAGGCCUCAGUGAGGGCCCGUCUGAGUUGGGUUUAUUUGUCUUUCUAGAAACUUGGGCCGAUUUAUUUGGGCCUUAUAAGUUCGGUCUCCAAAUGGUACAGAAGAAAUUAUAUGCUGGCGGGCUGUGAAAUUUUAAUA